UUGGUCACCGGGGAAGACCGGGCGCUCCCCCUUCCCCUGUCUCCCGGGUCUCUUGAGGAGCCCAGGAAGGAGGCUCCGCUAGUGCCGCCGGGCCAGGGGCUGCCGGGACCGGGCUGCGGCAAUUGUUAACCGGUCAUGUCGGCCGCCCAGGGCUGGGACAGGAACCGCCGGAGGGGAGGAGGCGCUGCCGGCGGGGGCGGCGGAGGUAGCGGGGGCAGCGGGGGUCGGGGUACUGGCCAGCUCAACCGCUUCGUGCAACUCUCCGGGAGGCCGCACCUGCCAGGUAAGAAGAAAAUACGAUGGGACCCUGUUAGGAGGCGCUUCAUUCAGUCCUGUCCCAUCAUAAGGAUCCCUAACAGGUUUUUGAGAGGCCACAGACCUCCACCAGCACGAAGUGGACAUCGUUGUGUGGCAGAUAAUACCAAUCUGUAUGUUUUUGGAGGUUAUAACCCAGAUUAUGAUGAGUCAGGAGGGCCAGAUAAUGAAGACUACCCCCUCUUCAGGGAGCUUUGGAGGUAUCAUUUUGCUACAGGAGUAUGGCACCAGAUGGGCACAGAUGGCUACAUGCCCCGGGAACUGGCAUCUAUGUCACUUGUGCUGCACGGAAACAACCUACUAGUGUUUGGAGGGACGGGCAUCCCAUUUGGCGAGAGCAACGGCAAUGACGUCCACGUCUGUAACGUGAAGUACAAGAGAUGGGCUUUGCUCAGCUGCCGGGGGAAGAAACCCAGUCGUAUAUAUGGACAGGCCAUGGCCAUCAUCAACGGCUCCCUUUAUGUCUUUGGAGGAACAACUGGCUAUAUUUACAGCACAGACCUGCACAAGCUAGAUCUCAAUACCAGAGAGUGGACACAACUGAAACCAAACAACCUUUCCUGUGAUCUACCAGAAGAGAGAUACAGACAUGAAAUCGCACAUGAUGGGCAGAGGAUUUACAUCUUGGGAGGUGGUACUUCCUGGACAGCUUAUUCCUUAAACAAGAUCCAUGCAUACAACCUUGAAACCAAUGCAUGGGAGGAAAUCGCAACAAAACCCCAUGAAAAAAUAGGUUUCCCUGCAGCGCGAAGAUGUCACAGUUGUGUCCAAAUUAAAAAUGAUGUGUUUAUUUGCGGGGGCUAUAAUGGAGAAGUGAUUCUUGGGGAUAUCUGGAAGCUAAAUCUGCAGACUUUCCAGUGGGUGAAGCUCCCAGCCACCAUGCCAGAGCCAGUUUAUUUCCACUGUGCAGCUGUUACACCAGCCGGUUGCAUGUACAUUCAUGGAGGAGUGGUGAACAUCCACGAAAACAAACGGACUGGGUCAUUGUUUAAGAUCUGGCUGGUGGUGCCGAGCCUGCUGGAACUGGCGUGGGAGAAGCUGCUUGCGGCCUUCCCUAACCUGGCAAACCUCUCCCGAACACAGCUUCUGCACCUUGGACUCACACAGGGACUCAUCGAGCGCUUGAAAUGAAGAUUUCUGGACUGUUCAUUGAUACUGGAAAUGUUAAUUUAAAGAGACUCCUUUAUUUAUGGGCAGUGUCGAGUGUGCUACAAAGAGGAUUGGCUACCCUGAUCAAGGCCUUACUCAGAAAAUACAUCAGAUGCCUUUCUGUCAAUUGGUUUUAAGUUUAUGGAAAUCUCACUUUCCCUCGUGCUCCUUUCUUUGCUUCUCUCCCUCUUGCCCCAGUGCACAUACUCACUCUCCCCUCUUCCUUGAUGGAGUCGAGGGAAAGUCUGAAAGUAUCUUAAGAAUGUUAUGAAUCAAGUUACGAUAAAGAAUUUUGUAAAGGACUCUGAAUAUAUGACCAUGUCAGCCGUUGCUCUGCAGAUUAAAGCAACACCAUCGACAAAAAUAAAAGUAACUUUUAAUCCAGAAAUUUGGGGGAUAGAACAAGAAUGUUAACCUGAGACGCCUGCAGGUUACGUAAACCUAGAUGUGUCGUGCUCACAGAGUACACCUGAGUGGCUGGACCACUGGCAGGGGUGGUGGCAUCCUGCUCACAGAUGCCCACCCCUGCCCCUGCCUUGGAGGGAAGCCAGUGGCUCCUGAUCAGUGGUCUCCUCCCCCGUGGUGCCAGCAAGGUUAGCGUUGGCUUGUCAAAAGAAAUACGUGUGUGUCGUAGUAGUGCUUUUUGUUGUUUCUCUUAGAAAUUAUGUCACUGAGUACACUUCAAAUCAAGAAACUUUCUGGUGGUCAAAGUGUUGCAUUCUGGGCAGUUUGAAAGUUCUCUUAUGCUUAUCGCUGGCUUCAAGCAUCUCUUUGACGUCUUCGUAGGGAAUCGUAGCCCCCAAAUGCGUGGCGUGGCGUGGCGCACCAGCUCGUGAGGGGUGAGGGAGGAGCGGGGCAGAGAAGGCGUGUGCCCUCUGUCUGGCUUUGUUAGGUUGGCUUCUGCUCUGUGCUCUGAGCUUUGACCUGGUAGCAGCCAUUUCCAUUUCAGAACUUGUUUCUUUCCUAACCUGCUGUUUUCUCAGGCAACAGGUUUUAUCACUAGAAAGCCAGUUGGCCCUGGAUUUUCUCUUAGCUCACUGCCUCCUUUUCUGUCUGCUUUCAUGUGACUGUGCCGUGGUAACUGUCUAGUAAUUGAAUAAAAGGUCUUGGAGAAAGAGUCACAGGCCAUCUUUCCUGAAGAACUAAGUAUCAUUUGAAAAACCAGCCUGAGGAAGAAAUAAAACUGAGUAUCACCUUUUUGCUGUGAAAUUUUAGUUCUAGUUAGUUAGUUUUAUUCUAUUUCUGAAGAAGAAACGACUGAAAUGUUCACUUGCUUUGCCAUCAGGCUGCCAGAGCGGUUGAGCACGUCACGAGACGCCAGCCCUUGGCAGUCCUGGGGUGCAGGGGAGGCGCUGGAGGCAGACGGGAGGGCACACUGCUGCGCGUCCUGCCGGCUGCCUCAUGACAGGAGACCCAGACAGGAGAUUAGGACACACUUUUCCUUUAAGUGCCUCUUUCUCACAUAGCUUUUAAAGCCACUCUUCUUUUUCCUUCAUCCCGGAAGGGAUCUGUAGCUCAUGUGUGGAUUUAAAACCAACUCUGCAUUGUCAAUAAAAAGUCACCACCCCAUGUUCAGUUCUCAGAAAGUCACACUGCAGCCUCGAGACCUGGACUCCCUAAUUACCAGGCCUCAUUAUAACAUCCCAUCUGUUUGGGUUGAGUUUGGGGAGCCUAAAUUGUGCAGAGCCUGUAAUAACCAUACAUCUGUGAGUUUGGGUCUUUUUAUGGGGAGGGGAUAUGGUAGGAAAGGAGCAGCUUCCCCAGGGGGCUGUUUGAGUUUGGGGCCCACUCGGGGCUUGCUCCAGCAUUCCUCCCAGAGCAUGCCGGUCAGAGCUGCUCUAUUCAAAACCAGACUUUGCUGCAUGACUCCAACCUGGUCUCCAGAUACUCGAUGGAGAGACACCCAGAACUGAAAAAGUCAUGCUGGCUAGGGUGGUGAACAGAUCUUUGUCAUGGACUUAUACGGGGACCAAAGACUGAAUGCUCAGCCUGGGUGCUUACACUUCCCCGGUCCGUGAGAUACGAGCAGGUCACCAGUCCUGCCACACCGAGAGCAGGAGUGUGAGUCUGGUCCAAUUCACACGUGAGGCGUCCUUUUGUUUUAAGUCUUUUCUAAGCAGUCUUUCUUUAAGGUAGACUUUGGAGGCCUGACAUCCAGGACUUGGUGUGUGAGGGUUUCAUAGAAGUACACAUCCUUGGUCUGAAGCGUCUUGUUUUAGUCUAACACUAGUGACAAUGAGAUAGUAUGACCAGCCCGUGUGCUUUCACACCACACAUGCGCACAUGUUCUGAAUGCCAAAUGAGACUGCGUAUGAGUUAAACGUGGAUGACUAGACUUUUAUAUAGGGGGUCACCAGGCACUUAGUGUACUAUAACCAGCACUCUGAAUUCCGGACCCUUCCUUGAUUUAGGGAAAUGUUAUGCCUGCUGCUUCUCUGCCUCUUUGAGGUACACCCAGCCAUCCCACUGCAGUCCUAUGAAUUUAAGUGCAAUAUAUAGAAACACAUAUGGAUAUAUACAGAUUAUAUAUAGGGUGCGACUAUAAAACAGGUAGACUACUUGUUUUUGGAGCUGUCUUGGGGAAGCCAGCUCAUUAUGUUAGAAUCAAAUUAUACCAAGAAAUUUAUGAGGUGGUUGACUGGUUUAAGCCACCUCUGGAUAAGGCUGGAUUUUAAGUUCUUGGAGACUUUCUGUUCCUUGGGUUUCUCAGAGUUGAGACUUUUCCCCCAGUCACCUCUGUGCUUACUCAUGUUUGAGUAUCUCCCGACGUUCCUUUGCCCGGGAACAAGGUUGUCUACCUGUAAGGAGUCUCCUAAGUGAAGAAUUAAAAGCGAAUAUUUAAUACUAUCAAUUUUCCCAUGUAUAUACUAAUUUAACUUUACUAAAUGCUUCACUAAAUGGUGAAAAUGAGACUUUCUUCAUUUAGUGAAGUGUUUUUCACAACCUGGAAAAUGUAUGAACAAACAUAAAAUAGAUUGAAAUUUUAGCUCUUCUUCAGGGGCCACAUUAAAACCCUUCCCACCGGCAGCAUCAUCAUUUUUUUUUUUUUUUUAGGGUCCUAGUGACAUGAUGUAAAGUUUUGCUCUAAACUAUUCAUAUUGAUUGCAUAGCUAGUUUUUAAUGUAUAAUAAGAAAUUAACAUUUCUAAGCAAAGGUAUAUUAACAGUGACCUUGGGUUACCCAGAAUAGCAAGAGAGUAAAAGCACAGAUAAUUGAAAUCCAUAAGUAACCAAUGUUUCAACUUCUCUAUCAAAUAAUUAUUAAUUUAUGGUUGUUUUUCCUUCCUUCCCCUUUUCCACAAGCCCCUUCUUUUCAGUGGUGUGGGAUUAAUAAGUAAUUAAGAAUGGGAGAGAAGGAUCAAAGUGACCAGCAAACAUACAAGCAGCCUGGUAGCUAUCACUGGUCCGCUGAUGACCACUGUUGAAAGCUGAAACGAGGAGCCAGUGGUUGGAGGUUACUCUACUGCUCCGCUUCAGCAAUCUCCUACUCCCAGUUCUAGGCCGUCCUUCCUACCAGCACCAAAGAACUCUUGGCCUGUGGGAAGCAAAGCUGUGUAUGAUGCAGAGGGGAAACCCCCCCCCCCCAUCCUUUCUACACAUUUCUUUGGCUCUUGACAAAUACUUGCUUUUCCUUCGUUCCUGUAGGAGCCUGACUUUUCCCCCUGGAAACACCUUUUUCUAGCCACCUAGCUUGGCAUAUGGGAGAGGUUGUGUUGUCCUCUGAGACUUUGUUGGUCUUCGUUCUAUAAAGCCCCAGUGUGUUUCUCUGUGGUCCUACGGGUGUUUAGAGAGUGGCACAGGUACUGACUGCCUGCCUGCCAGCAUCCUGCUGUAGCACAAAGCCUGAUUCUUACUUGUUCUGCCGUGAGCUCCAGGAUGGAGGGGGAUUUAUGGUCCCGUGAGCAUUAACCGCCCCCCCCCCCAGACUGGUUACCUUAGCUUCAAAUCCUUUGGCUCCCCAACCCCCAAGACUCUAGGAGUGCUGGCAAGACCUGCGGUGGAGUCCUGUGGUCUCCCUGCACGUGACCCAGAGCAGGCCAGCGUACAGCGCUCCCCUUCCCCGGCUGUUAGAUUCCGCAGAAAGCAACUUCUUCUUUAGUCUGGUGUUAGGAAAAGCAAUUCUUAAGUUGUGCUUCAAAAGCGGUACCUUCUUUUUGGUAUCAUUUUUAUGGUGGCAUUUUUUUCUUCUUCACAUUUUAGAAGUUUUUUAAAGGUCCUGCUUUGUCCGUGUACAGGGUGAGUCAGAGGCAGUUUCACCAAGCUGUAGUAAUUGCUGUUUUACUAGUUGCACAUUUAGAAUACAAAGGAGGCAUCCGAGACAAACUGUCUUUCUCAGAAGCCACUUCCUUGUACACAGAGUCUGAGCAGGGGCCACAACAGGCAUCUGCCGGUAAAGACACCUGCCAGUGUGGAUUUUGCAGGAAGAACCUAGCAAGAAAGGGAACCUCUCACACGCAGUCUGGGGGGCGAGUGUGGGCUGGGCUCUUGGUACAGGGUAUGUGGAGGCCACACACGAUGCUUGCCUUACUUUAAAGCUAUUUGCCACAGUCCUGUUAAUAGUGUGGACGUCCUUUUGCAGUCGGUGUGCAUGCCAUAUGGUGAGGACAGCUACUCCACCACGCCUGGUUUCCUACCAGCAAGUAGGAGAUAUAGUGAAUACCCUAAAAUGUCCAAUCUGUAUUUAUGUACCUUGUCAGUGUUUUGCUGUCAGUUUUCUAAAACAAUCUGAUCAAUAAAUCUUAUCCAAAUC